ACGGUCACAUGGCCUCAGCGUCCUUUCAUCUCCAUUAGUACUCAUCAAUGUGAACUUCAUCUGCCUUCGCUGCCUGUUUAGUCGAACGUUCCCGUGUAAUUUGCUUGUGCCCUAGAGGCAUCAAGUCCAGCAUUAACUGUGUUUUUUUGGGGCCUCGGCUUGUUUAAGAAAAAGUGUUUGCUCUGGUUCAGACUGUGCACUGUGGAAAAAACCUAAAGCAACUUUGUGUUGUUAUUACAAUUGAUUUGUUUACCAAAAUUUUCCAAAACUUCCGAUAUGCCUCUCGUACACCCUCAAAAUUAACAUCGUAAACAUCCUAUCCCGAAUCCUGAAAAAAACAAUGUUGCGCAGGUCAUAUUAUUUUUCCCUUAGGUUUUAUUUGACUUUAUUGACAGGAAAUAGUGAAAUAAGCCAAAGAGAAACAUGGCAAUGAGACUCACAUCUCCUACACUCAAAACAUUUGUACAAUUUUGAGACUUCAACCAAAAGGUUCCAUGAAUGAUAUUUCUCUGUUCUGUCCCCAUUACCUGCCUGUAAGGGUGAGUACUUUUGAUUUUAUUUUAGUUUAAUCAUACAUUGGUGAUUAUAUAUUGGUUAAGUAAAAAAAAGUUUUAAAAAAUGUGUCUAGUUAGUAAAGGUUUUAUGAUGUUAACAAGAUGACUCUGGAAAAAACGAAUUCUCUUUGUUUUGAUUUUAGAACAAUGUCAAGGACCAGAAUGGAGCUUCACUGUAUUACCAACAUUGGAAAAGGUCUCUCGCACAUAAAGAGCACCAACUGCAUUCUCCAUGCUGCUCUGGACGUAACGGACACAUUCCCGCCACCCAGCGUCCUCCACUGUGGUCCCGUACAGGGUCUGAAGACACACAGUCACUAGAACAUGGAUUUUGGAGUCCCGCCAUGAUAACGAUAGAGCCUACCUUUCUGUAACGAGCCCUUGCAUCUUUGAAGCGGCGACUCAAGCUGUUCACUCUGUCAAUGACGAGCUGCCAGGCCUGGCGCUGACCUGACACUGUGUCUGGAGAGGACUUCAUUCAUCUUGUCAAGUGGUGGUGUUCCAGUCAUCAGAUGCCACUGGCCAGUUUCCAAUACCGUCUAUGAGCUUCAGGAGGGGCUGGGAGUCUCGCUGCUCUAUGAGGCCUGCAAGGAAGCACAAAACCUCAACACUAGGAGCUGUAGAGGAUUUUGGCCUUCUUGAUGGCAUCUCUGUCUUCUUCAUUCUCAGUCUCGAGAACACCUGGAAGCAGCAAACACCCGCUUUGCAUUUGAACUUGUCCCUCAGAAUGUCAAAAACGCUGUGGCGCGAGCUGGUCUCCGGGAUGACGUGGCGCUCCAGCCAGCCCCCACAGGCGUACUGGUAGAAGUUAUCACAAGGCUUCACGGAUGGAUCCAUGUUCUGCAGGAGGCGGGACGCUUCAGCAGGAGAGGGGACGUCAAAAAUGACAGACGUGUAGAGGACCACGAGACCGGCCAAGGCACAGCUGAGCAGCAGCAGGAGCACAGACAGACCGAUCUCUGCCACCGUCCAACGAUGUUUGCCAGAAUGUGUGAGAGACAAAUGGACACUCUGGGUUCCAACGCUUUGCCAUCUUCGGUCAUCAGCUGUGGAAGAGUCGGAGCUGAACACGCCUCAACUUCAGAAACGUCAUCGGAUUUGGAUGGCAUGAAGUCUUGUCUGGCAUCAAACACACAGCAGAGCAGUGAACAGAAGAAGAUGCAGAAUCGAGUGACCUUUCAGACGGAGGAUGCGUGUGCAGAAGAAUCUUCCUACAAGUGUCCUGUGCGUCCGUUACUUGGAUAUGACUGGAUCGCGGGAGUCCUGGAUGUGCAAAACACUUUAGCAGAAUACUCUGAUGACUUCUACAAUGAACUGCAAGCGUUUCGAACAAACAAUAAAAGCGAGUGCAUCCACCAGCCACAAUCAGACCUUGAAUUUUGCAUGGAUAAACACUCAAUCCUGCCGAUGCUUGCAGACACUGGCAGGCCGGAAGCUGACACGCAAGUUCAUGAGUGUACAUUCUCUUACAAACUCAACAACAGAUUUUUCCCCGUCUCGCUUCUCUCUCCGGAGUGUUGUCCUGUGUGCAAAAGAGAAAAAUCUUCACACCCGCACACCAUGGGUGAUCCAGCACUCGUCAGGGUCACCAUCCCUCGCUUUUCCGUCCUGCCUCCUUACAAGUACAAAAUACAUCGCCGCUGCAGCUUCGAGCCAUCUGACAGUUUGGCCUUACCAUCACACUGCCUUUUGGGCUGGCCUAACAGGGUUCAAGGCUUCUUGCUCCCACCAAGCAACCUGGACCUGCGCAGUCACCUCGUUAAGAACAACUUUACUCAGCUACAAGUUGAAGAACGAGAGGAUCAGGUGACCAAAAGCAAUCGCUCUGACCAGACACCAGCUGUCUGUCGAUUGGCUCGGUUCCACUUCCAGCACUUUUCCCCCAAAGGAAAUUUAAGACGUAUAUCUUCCACCGAGAGCUGACAACAGACCCUCAGGUGUUUUUUUGGUAGUUUUUUUUUUAACAAGACGAUUAUGGCAACUGUAAAACUGUCAAACCUUCAUUGUGUUUCUUGUGUAUUUUCUUGUCAAUCAAUGAAAGUCAUCGUGCCUUUAAAUAAACAUUGAAGUUCGAUCA